AUGGAGACGUUCUCUUCGACUUCGAUUAAGCUUACUCGGGAGGCGUUGAUGCUCUCAGAACUCCAUAUUGCGACUCUCAAUGGCGACCUUCAACAUGUGAGAGAGCUCCUGAAGAGCACCUCCACGUCACCUGGCGGUACAAGAAAAGUUAUCGAAGCGCGCGACCGACAUGGGACAACACCCCUCAUGAUAGCCGUUCUCUAUGGUCAUCUCGCUAUUGCGAAACUCCUGUUGAGAUAUGGCGCUUCGAGGAAAGCACGAGACCUUCAAGGCCGUGUCACCUGGGAGUACUCGCGCGCUUCAUUGUUCGACCGAAAGCCAAAGAUGUACCAACACCUGGGCUUUCCCCCAAUCGCCCGAAGUCGGCAACGUGAGAGAAGGAGAAUUGCCAUAAUUCUGAAAUAUCCCGCCGCUUUGCGAUCUUGUCGUCGAAUUGGCAAUCACCACUACUCGCGCAGCCGACUGCACAAGCGUGCCAAGGACCUGGUCAUUCUCAAGCCUGUAGGUGGCUUCGAGACAUUCAAGCCAGGCAAAGAGGGCAAUGAGCUUCUUAGUGCAACCGCGGGCUUCAUAGCCUCUGCUACCACUUCUCCCAAAGAUGUGAAGGUUGAGCAGUUUGCAGUCAGCGGUUGGAAGCCAAAUCCAGGCCGUGGUCCUCGGGUUCUUGAUAAUGUUGUCUUGACAGAACGGGUUAGGGAUGUUAUUCACCUUCAUGGCCUCAAGGUUCGUGCGUCCCAGCGGGACAACGGCAACAAGACUGCUUUGCCCGAGCACAAGGGCCGAUUUGCGGCAUGCCAUGUUGAGAAAAAGCUCGCCGUCUGGUGGGUAAUGAAGGCCCUAAAGGAAGUCUUCAACACGUCAGAUAUUGAGCGCCUGAGGGAGCUGCGAGGGGCAUAUGUCCCCAACUACUACCGGGAGGCUAUGCUCUUUCUUGACCACGGGCCGUGCCAAGAUGUAAGUAAUCCCCAGCUGGCCUCGAGUAUGAGGAUGUUUGCUAAUGCCAAAGGACUCAGUGCUGGGACUUUUUGCACCAGCUGA